UUUACCUUUGCGCUGUCGUAUUUUGAAUUGAGAGCUUGAGCGAGUUUGGAAGUUCUUGCAAUUGUGCUGUUUAUAACGGUGUAAGAAAAUGGCAUUGUUACCUUAUUUAUUAGAUUACGAAUUGAGACCGAGACGACUACGUGAUCAGCUAUUUGGUUUGGAUUUAGCGUCCGAUGAUUUUUUAACAGAUGUCUUCGAUCGCCCAAUUCGAAACUAUAUGAGACCUUGGCGUAACCUGUCAGCGUUAACCCGUGAUGUCGGUUCUACAAUUAAGUCGGAUAAAGAUAAAUUUCAAGUUAAUCUGGACGUGCAGCAUUUUUCUCCCGAUGAGAUUUCAGUUAAAACCGCCGAUAACCAUAUCAUAGUGGAAGGUAAACACGAAGAAAAGAAAGAUGAACAUGGAUAUAUUUCUAGACAGUUCAAACGCCGGUAUCUUCUACCCGAAGGCUGCAAUCCUGAAAUGGUGGAAUCCAAGUUAUCGUCAGAUGGAGUGCUGACCAUUGUAGCUCCGAAAGCUUCUGGUGAAAAGGGAGAGAGAUCGAUACCAAUAACACACACCGGGCCAGUUCGAAGAAAGAUUCAAGGUGAUGAAGAUGUCCAGAAUGGACCGGUAGAAGGUAAAACUCCAAUUAAGAAGAAGAAACGUUAAUUUCCUCGUUGAUUUUCUAAUGUACAAUAAGUAUUUACUGUAAGGUUAUGAUUAAUAAGACUGAAUUUUGCUAUUAAUUAUCUAUAAUAAAUUUAAUUAUUC